AUGGCGCGGGAGAACGAGAUGCGGGAGUUUACCCGUAGCUUCUUCCGAGGCCGUCCGGACCUCAGCACGCUCACCCACUCCAUCGUGCGGCGGAAGUUCUUGGCUCACACCGGCAGCGACCACCUGAGUCCCAAGGAGAAGCAGGCACUGAAGCGGCUCGUGGAGGAGGAACUGCUGAAGAUGCAGGUGGAUGAAGCGGGUGCCAGAGAAGGACUAAACCUUGCCAAGAAGACAAAGAGGCCACCCACAUCCUGCAAUGACCCAGAGAGAAAAAGGUUCCGUUUGAAUUCAGAUUCAGAGCCCAGUGCUGCAGCCUCCAGUCCAGACUGCUUCAGCCAUCCAGCAAAGAAUGGGAUGGGGGCGGCAGUCAGUCUCACAGAGGAGAGUCCAAAGCAGGCCUCAAAAAGAGCAAUUGCGAGCAGCGACGAGGAAGAACAGCAGAGGGACCCGACUGCAUACAAGACUGGAUUAGAGGAGGAGGAGGCAGUGAAGGAGAGCUCGGAGGAGGAGAGCUCUGAUAGAACAUGUAAGGUCUGGAAAGAAGAGAGCAGUGAGGAAGGGAAUAAGGAAAAGGAGUCCAAAGGCAGGACUAGGAAGAAACGUGUGACCAAGGACAGGACCCAGUGGGCUGGUGGCAGAAGGCAGAGUGGCAGCAGCGAGGAGGAUGGGGAAGACAGCUGCGGGAAGGUGAAACCAGCUACUAAAGGCAGGGGAAAGUCAGCCAAAGCAGAAAGUAGAAAGACAACCAAUGGCGAGGCAAGUGACUCGGAGAGGGAGGCGAGUGACAGUGAGGCAGGGGGGAGCCUCCAGGGCGAGAGGAAGGGCCGCUCUUACAGGAAGAGCUCCAAGAAAAGCAGGUCACGAAGCUCUUCGUCCUCUUCUGCCAAUGGCAGUCCGGAACCCAAAGGCAGGAAGGUGAGGGAGAAGAUGGGGCGGGAGGCCACAGUUAAGAGGGAGACCUAG